GCCGGGCCGGGACGCGGAGCAUGGAGCCGCGGGCCGGCUGCCGGCUGCCCGUGCGGGUGGAGCAGGUCGUCAACGGCGCGCUGCUGGUCACCGCGAGCUGCGGCGAGCGCAGCUUCGCCGGGAUCUUGCUGGACUGCACAAAAAAGUCCGGCCUCUUCGGCCUGCCCCCGUUGGCUCCGCUGACCCAGGCCCAGGACGCCCCUGUCAACGGCUGCCACGGCCCGCCCCCCGCGGAGGGAGACGCGGAGGCCAUGCCCCUGGGGACGGGCCCACCGGCGCCUGCCCACGGGGACCGGCCCCCCGAGACCAGCAGCCCCGAUCCGCCCCCGCCCCUGGUGCCGCCGCUGCCGGCCGGAAGCCUGCCCCCGUUCCCGCCCUACUUCGAAGGCGCCCCCUUCCCGCCCCCGCUCUGGCUGAGGAACACUUAUCGGCAGUGGGUGCCGCAGCCGCCCCCCCGGGGCCUCAAGAGGACCCGCCGGCGCCUGUCCCGCAACCGCGACCCCGGCCGCCUGGCCCUGAGCCCCAUCCGCCUGCGGCCGCGACAAGUGCUCUGCGAGAAGUGCAAGAGCACCCAGAGCCCCCCAGAGGCCAGCCCCGGGCCCCCCGCCACGUCCCGGCCGCGCAGGGAGCCCCGCAAGCCCGAGGACCCCGACGGAGGCGGCGACGCGGCCUCCGCCGCCAAGCGGAGCCGGCGCGAGCGGCGGGAGGAGGCACGGGCCGGGGUGCCACGGAGCCCGGCCAUCAAGAUCUCCUACAGCACGCCCCAGGGCACCGGGGAGGUGGUGGAGAUCCCCCCGCGCGUGCACGGCUCCCUGGAGCCCUUCUGUCCGCCCCCGGCCUCGCCCGGAGGUCCGGACCCCGAGCCUCCCAGGGACCGGCCGGCCGCAGGCGCCCCCGCCUCCAUCCCCAAGCUGAAGCUGACCCGGCCCCUGCCCCCCGGGGCCGCCCCGCCGCCCCCCAAGAUCCGCCUGAAGCCACGCCGCCUGGGGGCUGGCGAGCAGGAGCCGGUCUACAGGGCCGAGCUGGUGCAGGAACUCAAGGGCCGAGGGCCCCCAGCCGACGGUGCCGCCCAUCGCGGCGGGCUGGCAGACUCGUCCUCCGCCAGCUCUGGCGAAGACGAUGACUGCAAGGGGUGUCCCCGAGGGGCGCACGGGCCCGACGAUGACGCCGGGCUGGCUUUCCUCGCCACCUGCCCCGGUAGAAGCGGCUGUGCCGGCGAGCUGGCGUGGAGCAGCGACAGCCUGGAUGAGUCCAAGUCGUCCGGCUCGGACGUGACAUCGCCGGACGCCUGCGACCUCUCCCCCGGCGAUGGCAUGUCUGUGUCCUCUUCCUCCAAGGGUGCGAGGCCCACGGUCCCGCCCCUGACGGUCAGGCUGCACACGCAGAGCGUCUCCAAGUGCGUUACCGAGGACGGGAGGACCGUGGCCGUAGGGGACAUCGUGUGGGGUAAGGUUCACGGCUUCCCUUGGUGGCCGGCACGUGUCCUGGACAUUAGUCUUAGCCAGAAGGAGGACGGGGAGCCCUCCUGGCAAGAAGCGAAAGUCUCGUGGUUUGGUUCUCCAACUACAUCAUUUUUGUCUAUCUCAAAACUGUCCCCUUUCUCUGAGUUUUUCAAACUGAGAUUUAACCGUAAGAAGAAGGGGAUGUAUCGGAAAGCUAUCACAGAGGCUGCCAAUGCCGCCCAGCACAUGGCCCCAGAAAUAAGGGAGCUCUUAACCCAGUUCGAAACGUAACCCGUGUUCCCAGCCAGGCUGGCAGGUGCAUCCAAGGGUCCGACUUCGCAGGAAGGAGGAAGGUUGCUCAGCUGCCUUCCCCCAGAGGUGGUGCCUGUGGCCCAGCGCCCUUCUCCUGGUGCCAGGGGGGCUCCCCUUCAUCAGCCAGCGUGUGGUGCCUGGGGCUUGCGGCUCCAGGCUCCUGGAGGGUGUCUGGGAUCUGACCCAGCCAGUGCCAUGACCUCUGUCUCCACCCCCGGGAGGACUCUGUGGGACCCCCGGCCAUGGCCCCACCUGGAGGCUCCGUGGUGUCCCCACGGGUGCAGGUGCGUGUCACCAGGCCGGGUAGGCCACUGUGUGGCCUGUCUGGUCCCCUCGUGGGCUGUCGGGAAACAGCGAGGGGCGGAGCCACGUGCUGUGAGCGCUCCUGGGGCCUGAGACUCAGGGAGGUCGGGGUGCCAGCGUCUGAUGCUGCCCAGCCCUGGCCCUGGUCAGCCUGUCCAAGGGCCGGCCCCUUCCUCUGCUGGCUCCAGGCAGGCUGUGGCCGCCCGAGGCUCCAGGCCACCUGGGUGGACCACAGUGGACAUGUCGGGGUCCCCAGUGGGGGGCAGCCCGUGGCCCCUUCCUGGCCCCAGGGCCUCGGGCCGGUGCCCCUGACGCAGCUGGGGGUCUGUCCAUCGUCUGUCCAUCGAGGGCCUCUGCCCUCACUCCGGACCUUCGGGUGACCUCGUCCGGCCUGGCUCUCCUGCUCAUCCACCUGUCUGUGCCAACUUCCCGGGCAACACCAGCCUUCGGGGCUGGGCAGGUCGGCCGGCUGGUGGCCGGGGAGGGGUUUGUGGAAUGCUGGUGCUGCCUCCCUGCUGGGCCGGCUGCUGCGGGGUCCCAGGACUGAAGAAGCAGGGACGAGGGGCGCAUCUGGGCUGGGGUCCCCCUCCCCUCUUCCUUGUGCUCCUGAGUGCUCCCAGGACUCCGGGCACAGACUCCUCCCAGGAACCCGGCACGUCCCCCGUGGGUUCUGGCCUCAGUGUGGGGUGUGGGUGUGGUCAAGCCAGCUAGGGUCUCCAGUCAGGGCACCCCACGGGGAGGGGCCCCGAGAAGGCCCAGAUACCCUGUCUCCUGUCUCCCCGGCAUCUCUCUGUUGUGGCCGCGCCCCGCUGGCCUGGGGCGGUGGGCGGCUCACCCACACACCCUGAGAGAGAGAAGGCAGCCCCGUAGGUUCACGGCUCGCUCUGUUUAUCUGGAGGCAGAGGAGGAAUCUCACCAGACAGGUUUGCUUGCUGCGGGGGCCUGGGUUCUGGGGCUCUUGGAGCUUGGUGGGGGGGUUGCUGAAUCCUUUCGGCGCCAAAGCAAAGUGGUUUUGCUUGAUGGGCUUUUGGGUUUUGUUUCUUGAGGAUUAAAGACUGCACUGAGGUUUGUGCCA